AUGCUUUUGUUCAGACAUUUAAGAGUAAAUUAUAGGAAUGCUGACCGUGAUUCUCCUUGUUUUUUAACAAACCCGAAAAAAUGUAGCAAAAUCAUCCCAUUUUCAGUGAUUAUUGGAAGUACAAAUGACUAUUGGUAUGCCUUGACAAAUAAUUUGGGUCCGGUUUUACUUCAAGUAUAUUUGCAUAGGUUAAACGGAAAUGCAAAUGCUGUAAAUAUUAAAGCAGCAUCAAAAUAUUACAUACAGAAAUUUGGGUGUAUUCAAAGCAUUCAAUGCCAUGAGACCGAAAAUAAGGAAGGGGAUAAUAAUUCAUGCUUGGUUUAUGUGGAGCAAUUUAGUGGGAAUAAUGGAUUCAGGUUAGUAGAAGUAUGGCCAAAGACAGGUAGAUUUUGUGCGAAUCGCAACCUAUUGGUUAAACUUUUAUGGAAGUGUUUACGUACUUAUAAAAAUCCAAGUUUUAGGUCUGUGGUUUGA